AUGGAAGAAGUACCAACAAUGAUAAAGCUGAUUGCUAAUAAAUUUAUUGAUGGAGUUUCAAACUAAAAUAAGAUGCCAACCAACAAGUAUCUCAAAGAUAAGGUACUUAGGGAGACCUUUAGCAAAAAUAUGUUUAAUACUUCUUCAAUUCUAAAGGCAGACAUCAAAUCAAAGCAUGAUUAAGAAAGCAAAACUUAAACCAACUUCUUUGCAAAUGCUACUUUACAAAGUGGAGAAGAGUAAUCAAACUCAAAAUAGUAAGAGAAACUAAAGAAAACAUUAUAAAAUUAUGAAAAAUUGCUUUAAAAAGGAAAGCAGAAGACUAGUUUGUCAAAAUUAAGGCCAGUUAUCAAAGUGGAAGAUUCAGAAUAAUCAUUCUUUGAUAUACUUUAGCAUGUUCCAAAUACAGCCUGA